AUGGGUGGACAACCUACAGAAAUGAUGAAAAUACCAGAAUUCAUGCAGCAGUGGAUCGCAGCUGAUAGAGAAGGUUACAUGAACUUCAUACUUUUUGUGACAUCGAUGGCUGAUUUCAACGUCCAAGACGAAGAAGAAGAGAAGCGAACGGCAAUGGAACGUAGUAUAAGAAUACUUGACCGGAUACUCAGCGUGGACGCAAUCCAAAAUUGUGGACUUUUGAUAUUUUUCAACAAACAAGAUGUAUUUAACGAAAUUGUGACGGAGUUAUCGAAGACGGAUGAGGGUCGUGCUGAGAUCAUCAAACGUCUCAAUAGUUCCCUGACAGAAGGAUCCAAACGAGGUCUGACAGAUGGCAAUAUUCCUGUGAAAGUGGUGCACAGAGCCAUUGAAAGCAAAUUCGACAACGUCAUUCAGAAACGGAAGAAAGGAACAAGAGUUUACAGAAAAGACACGCAAGCUGUGGAUCCACAUAUUAUGGCCGACAUAUUCAACGUCAUUGAAAAUGAGAUCAUCGUUGAUUUCAUCAGAAACGCGCGAUUUAUUAUGUAA